UUUUUUCUUUCAAUUUAUGUACAAAAAGUGAGUUUUUUUUUUUUUUUAAUGUAACCAUUCAUUUAUGGAUUCCCUUGUUUCUCAACAUAGACCAGCCUACUGAGUUGGGGCAUCUGAGUUGACUCAGCAAUUCUCUCCGCAUAAUAGGUCGGUUUCUCCGGGAAGAAGACGUCAGCCUAGGUCUGGUAGGAGUCGCUCCAGGUCUAGGAGCCGUGAAUCUCAGGAUGCAUCCAAUCCAGGAAAUAACUUAUAUGUUACUGGGUUAUCCACAAGAGUUACUGCCGGUGAUCUCGAGAAGUAUUUCGGCAAUGAAGGAAAGGUUUUGGAGUGCCAUCUAGUUACUGAUCCACACACCAAAGAAUCUCGUGGAUUUGCUUUCGUGACCAUGGAAACUGUUGAGGGUGCAGAGCGCUGCAUCAAGUAUCUGAAUCGUUCAGUGCUUGAAGGCCGAUUAAUCACUGUGGAAAAGGCAAAAAGGUCCCGAGGAAGAACACCGACACCUGGGAGGUAUCAAGGUGUGCGAGAUAGAAGAGGACAAGGCCACAGACGGUCUCGUAGCUAUUCACCUCGACAAAACAACAGAUAUUAUCAUUCAAGGGGUAGACGAGGGAGAUCCCGUUCUCGUUCUCCAUAUGGUAGGAGAAGAGAUGAUCGUGACUUACAUAGGAGGCGCAGAGAGCGCUCCUUGUCUGGUGAUGGCGGUGGUCAUCGUAGAUGAGAAAUUUCAUUCUCCAUAUUGAGGGAGAAGUGAUAAAUAUGACUUUAUAUAGGGAGGGCACGCUCAGAGGGCACUCCCUUGUGUGGGAUCAUUAUGAAUGUCACCCUUUUAUCUCAUCUAUCUGAAUGUUUAUUAUAUUUAUGAUGUGCCCUAAACUUGGCUUUGUUUUUUGCAAUUAGAUAUGAGUGAUUCAAAGAUGAAAAAUAAAAAGGGUUUCUCCAAAAA